AUGACCAUUUGGGUUCAUGACUCCGCCGCCAGUAUUCUUCCCUUCAGCCUUGCCAGCAUCAGCCGUCAGGCGGUAUUCUACAACAUGGAAGAAGAAACUCGAAGAAACUUCAGCGACGCGUCUCGCAAAGCGGAUCAUCUCUGUGUCCUGGUUCAUGGUCUUUGGGGAAAUCCUUCACAUUUAAAUUAUGUUGCAUCGGCGCUUCGUGAGAAAUACGGCGAAGAUCAGCUGGUUGUUCUCGCUGUCAAACGCAAUGCUGGUAGCUAUACCUACGACGGUAUUGAGACGGGUGGUGAGCGUGUCGCGAAGGAGAUUGAGGAGGCUCUCGAUGAGCUUGCUCGGGAGGGAUACAACAUGAAGAAGUUGAGCAUGGUUGGAUACUCCUUAGGGGGUCUGGUCGCUCGUUAUGCCCUUGGACUGCUGCACUCUCGAGGCUGGUUCAAGAAAAUUAGACCUGUCAACUUCACAACAUUUGCCUCACCACACCUUGGUGUCCGAACGCCUCUUAGAGGCUACGCCAACCACAUUUGGAAUGUUCUCGGAGCACGAACAUUGUGCAUGUCUGGGCGCCAGCUAUUCAUGAUCGAUAAGUUCCGAGAUACUGGACGGCCAUUGUUGAGCGUUCUGGCGGAUCCUGAUAGCAUCUUUAUACACGCUCUGAAGAAGUUCGAGAACCGAUCACUGUAUGCGAAUAUAGUCAACGAUAGAUCCGCCGUCUUCUACACUACCGCUAUCUCGCGUACUGAUCCCUUUACGCAGAUGGAAAGUUUAGAUCUGAAUUUCGUCAAAGGUUAUGAGACGGCGGUGCUCGAUCCCGAUACACCUUUUAGACUGCGGAAAGAUCAGCAUUUACCGACAUUCUAUACUCGUCUUGCAGGUGGCAGCCAAACCUUUCUGAAGAAUUUACCGGUCUAUGUUGCACUCGCGGUUAUUUUCCCAAUUGCUUUCGUUGUUUUCAUGGUCAAUUCAAGUAUUCAGAGUGUCCGAAGCCGUCGUCGCAUCCGUCUCCAUGAGGAUGAACACAAGAUACACGGCUUUGCUAGGUACCGCGUGCCUUUUAUUAUUCAGGACGUGCAGCAAGCCGUUGAAGAUGCAUAUGAGAACGUCAACGCAGCACAAAGCCAAGAAUACUUGCCUGAUGGGUCGGAGGAAAUGGCAGCAGCAAUGGAAAGUCCGCAAGAAUCGACGGAGUCUUUGCCCUCAUCUCUCGCUGAUCACUCAGGCACAUCAAUGACCUCGGAAAAGUCUGAGAAUGCCACUUUGAACGAUGGUGGAAAGGACCUUCCACAGAGAUCGCCCGAAUUUCCCACUCUCGCGUUGACACCGGCACAAUUCGCCAUGAUUAAGUCUCUGGACGACUGUGGCUUUCAGAAAUUCCCUGUACUCAUAUCGAAAUCUAAUCACAGUCAUGCAGCGAUCAUUGUUCGAAUAAUCAAGUCAAGCUUCGACGAAGGCAAGAUUGUAAUCCGUCAUUGGUUGAACGAAAACUUCAAGAUUUGA